AUUGGACGGAAGGCGGCCGGUGCGUCACAAUGCAUCUGGGCUUGUCAUCAUGCUAGGUUGAGGUGAAGUGUACCAGCGGCUGCAACAAACUUGUCUCCUCUCGCCCUCAACUCACCCACAGUCUCCUCUGCACCCUCCAUUUCCAAUGCCCAUGUAUUAGAGGAGCAGCAAUUUUUUUUUGAAGCAUCGCAAAAAAAAAAAAUAUUUUUAUAUAGCAAUGGCAUUUUUUAACAUUCAAACCUUGCUGGAAGCAGCCGAGUACAUCGAAAGAAGAGAGAGAGAAGCAGAGCACGGUUAUGCCUCGACGUUGCCUUGCGAUGUCGAAUUCAACAGGAAGAAAGGCAAAACGAAGAAAGCCCAAAAUAACAGAUCCUCGCACAAUGAGUUGGAAAAGCACAGAAGAGCCAAGUUGCGGCUGUACCUGGAGCAGCUGAAGGAGCUCGUUCCGCUCGGGCCGGACAGUUCCAGACACACCACGCUCAGUCUGCUCAAACGAGCGCGCACUCACAUCAAGAAGCUGGAGGAGCAGGACAAGAAGGCCGUGCACCAGAAGGAGCAGCUGCAGCGAGAGCGUCGAUACCUGCGUCGUCGCCUGGAGCAGCUGGCGGUGCAGGGGCUGGAGCGGCUCCGCACCCACAGCCUGGGGUCCAGCGUGUCCACCGACCACAGCGACCACAGCGACUCCGAGCAAGAGGCGGACGUGGACAUUGAAGGGAUGGAGUUUGUGCCUGGCGAUUUAGACAGCGUGGGCAGUGGCAGCGACGUGGACGAUCGCUACAGCUUCCGCAGCAGCUCCAGCGACAGUGGCUACGCUGACUCCCGCACCAUCACCCCCCGCCUCUCAUAGUGGCCGGUGGGGCCAUGCGGGGCGGGGCGGAGCGGGACUCGCACCACAUCCUCCUCUCCCUCUCUUCUUCGCUCUGUCUCUCACAUCCUCCACCACCAUCUCCUACCUGAGCAGACCCUCUCUUGGACUGGACAGGACUCACCCGGACCGGACCAGAGCCCACUGAUUUUGACAGUGGACCCCAAUCCUGCCUCCACCCCUUCCGGAGUGGAGUCAACCGGACUGGGCCCUGGUUCCCCCGGCAGCAGAUCCCGACACCCCUUCCACCCCUCCCAUCCUGGAGUGGAACUCGUCCCACCCCUCCCUCCCAUGGCAGACUCUCUCUCCCUCCCACCCCGUGGAAACAAAUAACUGCAGAUGCUGGUUUAUAACAAAGAUAGACACAAAUGCUGGAGUAACUCCGUGGCUCAGGCAGCAUCUCUGGAGAACAUGCAUAGAUGGUGUUUUGGGUUGAGACCCCUUCAGUCACCGAUCUUUGCUCUCCAUGUACGACGGCACAGAGAUGUAGAGGUAGAGUUGCUGCUUUACAGCGCCAGAGAUCCGGGUUUGAUCCUGACUACGGGUGCUGUCUGUACGGAGUUUGUACAUUCUCCCCGUGACUGCGUGGGUUUUCUCCGGGUGCUCUGGUUUCCUCCCACACUCCAAAGACGUGCAGCUUUGGGGGUCAAUUGGCUUUGGUGAAGAUUGUAAAUUGUCGCGAGUGUAUAUGAUAGUGUUAGUGUAUGGAGAUCGCUGGUUGGAGCAGACUCAGUGGGCCGAAGGGCCUGUCUCCAUGCUGUACCUCUAAACUAAACUAAAUUAGGUACAGCUGCCUGACCUGCUGAGUUACUCCAGAACUUUGUGUCUAUCCACACUCACCACUCCCUCCCCCCCCCCCCUUCCCCAUCUACAUCAGACCCUCCCCUCAGACAGUGGACUGGACCCUGUCUGAUUUUGGCUGACUGUCACGAGGAAGGUGGAGAGAAUAUCAGCAAUAACAAGGUGCGGGGAUUGUGGACCCUGCUCUAAUGAUUAUCCUCACAAGCAAGAGCCUCGAUUUUCUCUUAAAGUUGGAUGGAAGCCGCUUGGUCUGGUAAGCCCAUGAUAAAGGCAGGAGGGAUCAGUGGAGCUGAAUCUGUUCCCUCUUGGGCUUUCCCCGGGGGCGGUCAGUCUCCCACCUCUCUCCCGUCGCAUAUCUUCACCGGCUUCCCCACAGACAGGAUCCUUCCUUUGGGAUGAGCGGGGCACGACCAGUUCUGCCAAGGGUGUGACGGGGCCUCCUUGUCCUCCUGCAGAUGCUGGGGGUGUCGCACAGAACAUUUUACAGUGCCGCACCGCCCAGCUACCGAGCUCGCAUCCUUUACAUCGUUCCUGUCCCAGCUAUACGGGCCGCUUCUACGCUCUGCUUGGUGUUACUCAUUAGAGCAUGGCCUUCCAGACGACACGACCAAUUCUUUUUUUUUUUAAACGUACGAGUCUCAAGAGAGGUCUCUUCAAACAAAAAAUAUUAGUCGAGUAAUUUUAACCGGUGUAGUUUCGAAUUUCCUGUAUCAAAAUUUUGUAUUAUAUUUUCCUAAAUGUUAUCUAAACUGUGCUUGUGGGGGGAAGGGUGAGGAAAGGGGGGAAUGUCUGCGCACUUCAGUAGCUUUUCGUUUUUUCUCUCUUUCUUUCUCUUUCUCCCUCUCUUUCUCUAUCUUUCUCUUUCUCCCUCUCUUUCUCUCCUUGGCUUUUCCUUUUCUCUCUUUUUCUCUCUUCUCUUCUCUCUCACUCAUCUCCCUCCAUCUUUCUCUGCCGCUGGCCAUUUCUCAGGGGCGCCUGCACCCGAUCUCGACUUUCUCCCCGACCCCGUUCUCCGCCCCCUCACCGCCAACUCUCAGAAAACUGAUGAGAUAAUUCUCGGCAGCUCACUAGACCUUGUUUAUUUGCACUCUCCAACUGACUGUUCCCUGCCCCUCCUGUCCUGCAGCGGGUGGGCCGGUAGUAAUGGGGGGAUUAUCACUCUGAUGACCCCUCCCCCGUGCAGGGUUCAGUCCAAGGUUAGAACAUGGCAGCUGUAUUUUAGAAAAAAAGGCCUUUUUAAACGUAUGCUCUUACAAUAUAGUGUUAAUACUGGACCAGUAAUUAAACGACACUAUCGGAAGCAGACAGUGCAGAGCAUAGUGACAGGGUGCCGAUUAUACUGCAGCGUUUGUUUCGGAGUUUGUCCUGAGUUUAUCCUGUCCUGUCUUUGCCUGGUCCACCGUAGUUUCCGAGUUUCAAAAGCAAUAGAGGUUUCACCUUUGUCAUACUCUCACAACUGUUAAUAGGAUCACAUUUUGCAAUCCCUCAACUGUGGGGACGGUCGGAUCAGAACCAGUCUCCGCACAGGGAGUCCAUGGCAAGGGCCAAGUGCUGUAACCCUUUUCCCCAGGCCCCUCACCUCCCCAAACAGGAAUCCGGCCCAAACUAACCAGGAGUGUAGGAAGGAACUGCAGAUGCUGGUUCAUGCUGAAGAAAGUGCUGGAGUAACUCGGAGGGCAGACAGCAUUUCUGGAAGACAUGGAUAGGUGAGGUUUCGGGUCUGAACUCUUCAGAAGAAGAUGAUGCUCUGAAGAAGGGUCUUGACUCGAAAAGUCACCUAUUCCUUUUCUGCCUGACCUGCUUAGUCACUUUGUGUCCAUCGUCCAAAUUAGCGAGGGUUUGCUGUGUGAGUAGGUUUGCUGUGCAGGUUGCAGAGAGGGGCGGGAGGUAGUGGUGGUACUGGGAGAGUCCGUUUGCCGCCGAUUGUGCCUCAGGAAGCUGUUUUCUGUUCUGAACAGGAUAAAAAUGUAACCAUCCUCCCCUCCUUCUGUUUCUGGCUUAGACUCUCCCUGAAACGGCACUUCCUGACCUUCCACUGAGCCUUGAGCAGCACGGUGGCGUAGCUGGUAGAGCCACUGCCUCAUAGCGCCAGAGACCCGGGUUCAAUCCUGACCUCGGGUACUGUCUGUGUGUGGAGUUUGCAUGUUCUCCCUGUGACCGCGUGGGUUUCCUCCAGGUGCUCCGGUUUCCUGCCACAUCCCAAAGUCGUGCGGGUUUGUAGGUUAAUUGGCCGCUCCAUGUUGCGCCCUAUGUGCAGGGAGUAGAUGAGAAAGUGGGAUUACGUAGAACUUGUGUGAACGGGUGAUUGAUUGAUGGUCAGCGUGGUAGGGCCUGUGUCCGUGCUGUAUCGCGAAACUAAACUAAAAGUUGCGUUGCCUUGUGGUAUCCUGAAUGGAGGGGGUAACUGUUGUAAAAGGAGUCGUCCAUUUAAGACGUAGGUGUGGCAGAGUUUAUUUGGGUGGAGGGGCUGUGAGUCUCUUCCACAGAGGGCAGUGGAGGCAGAGUUGACUGAGGUGGAGCAGGGGAUGGAUCCGUGGGUGAGCGAGAGGCUGGAGGUGUGUGGGGGGGGGGGG